AUGAAUGGUGGUAUCGAGAACCCGGUGUUUGAGCCACCCAGCCCUGACAGUAGCCGCCAGCGCCAGGUUAGCCCAGCCGAGGUAGAUGCCAACGUCACUGAGGAGGGGCCCUGCGGAUGGGGCCGCUGUACCCCUAAGGCUCUGCAGCUCUGCAACAACCCAGAGGGCUAUCUGGCUGCUUACAGCUUCCUGGCUAUCUUCCAAGGUAUUGUGGUAAAUGGCUUGAUUAAUAUUAGUAUUUCAACAAUUGAGAAGCGUUAUGAGUUAAACAGUUCAAGAACUGGCUUAAUCUCUGCAAGCUAUGAUGUUGCUUUUUGUAUAUUGUCAUUGUUUGUGUCUUUCUUUGGAGAAAGAGGGCACAAACCACAAUGGCUUGCUUUCUCAGCAUUUAUGCUAGGAUUGGGCUCACUUGUAUUUUCUUUACCACACUUCAGUAGUGGAAAAUACCAAUAUGGAACUAAACUUGAAGACAUAUGUCAAAUUCCAGGAACAAGCUCUGCUAACUUCACUUGCAGUGCCAGCACAAAGUCUUCACUUUCCAACUACUUGUAUGUCUUUAUCCUGGGACAGCUGCUGCUGGGAGUUGGAGGAACUCCACUCUAUACUCUGGGAACAGCUUUUAUUGAUGAUAGUGUCCCAAAACACAAGUCUUCCCUUUAUAUAGGAAUUGGCUAUGCCAUGUCACUGUUGGGUCCUGCUAUUGGCUAUGUCUUAGGAGGGCAGCUGCUUAAUAUUUAUAUUGAUAUCCAGAUCCCAGAAAGUGCAAUGAUGAGUCAAGAUGACCCACGUUGGCUUGGAGCAUGGUGGAUAGCAUUUCUUGCAUGCUUUUUUUCCAUUUGGCUUCUUAUAAUACCUUUCUCAUGCUUUCCAAAACACCUACCAGGAACAGCAAAAAUACAGGCUGAAAAAAUCUCUGAAACUCAUAAUGAUGGAAGUGAGGGGCUUGUUGAGACCAAAAAUAUUGGAAAAAGUAUUAAAGACUUCCCUGUGGCUCUCCUGAUAUUGUUGAAGAAUCCAGUGCUUAUGAGUCUAAUACUAGCCAGUUCUUCGGAAGCUUUAGUUGCCACUGGCUUUGCCACAUUUCUACCAAAGUUUAUAGAAAAUCAGUUUGGAAAGACAUCAAGUUUUUCAGCAACUCUUGGAGGACUUGUAUUAAUUCCAGCAGCAGCACUAGGCCAAAUCAUAAGUGGCAUCUUGGUUUCUCGGUGCAAAAUGGACUGCAAAAGCAUAAUCAAGUUCAUGAUAGGCUCUUGCUCAGCAGGCCUACUAUUGAACACAGUGUUUUUGUUUGCUAAAUGUGGGAAUGAACCUUUUGCAGGUGUCUCUGAAACAUAUAAUGGAACAGGCAUGCUAUAUAACUUAACAGCACCAUGCAACGCUAACUGCCAAUGUUUGCUCUCUAUGUACUACCCAGUUUGUGGCAGAGAUAAAGUCCAGUACUUUUCUCCUUGUUUCGGAGGAUGCACAUCACAACUUUUUAACAACAGGAAAAAGACUUAUCACAACUGUUCCUGUAUUGGGAUACCAAGAAGAGAAAAUAGUUUAGAAGAUUUCCUCUAUGAAGCUGUCCCUGGGAAGUGUCCAACGCAAUGCAAAUUUUUACCUUUAUUUCUGACCGUCUUCUUUUUCGCUAUUGUUUUUACAUUUAUGGCUGUUACUCCAACAACUGUGGCCAUUCUCAGGUGUGUGCCAGAUAAACAGCGGUCAUUUGCUCUUGGAGUACAGUCAGUGUUCCUGCGUCUACUAGGUACUAUUCCUGGACCAAUUUUGUUUGGUGUUGCUAUAGACAACAGUUGUACUCUCUGGGAUAGUGAUGAAUGUAAGACUGAAGGAGCCUGUUUGGUUUAUGACAAUGAAAGAAUGGCUUAUCUGCUGAUGGGCAUCAGCGCUGGUUGCAAAGUCAUCACGAUCAUCUUUGUAGUCAUGGCAGUGUGUUUGUAUAAGCCUCCACCAGCAAGUGCAGCCCUCUCACAGAAACAUUCAGAAAUGGUAUCUGCUAUACACACAUAA